CAAGCCAUCCAGCAACUAAAGGCACAGAAAGCUUCUCAAGUAAUACGUGGUGAUCAUGGUUGUGUAUUUGUCAGUCAUCUUACACCUACACAGCAGUUAACAGUAGCCAGGCUUGUUGGUAUGAAUUGUAAAGUGUUGUGUAUGUUGAGUGGGGGUGACUGUUGAAGUAUUUCAUAAGUAGGUUGAGCUAUUAAGGGAUAAAGGGACUCAGGUGUCCAUAGUAUCAAAGAGCUGGUUUAGUGAGCUUCUACCAUGAUUAGAGUUAAAGAAAAUUGAAAAGAUUUUAUGAAGGGUGAAGGACUGGACUUAAAAGCAGCAAAUGGUGGAGUAAUACCUUUCAUAGGAUGGGCGGAAGUAGAAUUCCAUCUUACCUCUUACGUUCAAACGUCUGUGCUCCUAAAGGUACAGAUCCUGGUUGCAAGGGACGAGCUAUUGUACCCAAUCAUUCAUGGUUACAAUGUUAUAGAAGAGACGAUCAGGAAAAGUGACAAGGAGGAAGCAAGGGAGCAAUUUUUGACAUUAUGAGUUUUGCUUUGGUGGAUGUGAAUGUGAAAAGUGUUAGUGCAUUGGUGGAGUUUGAGCAAGGUCAAAUGAAGAAGGCUUGUGUUUUUGAGGAGUGGUAUAUAAACAGUCUAACAGUACCAGCGGGACAGAAGGUGGGGGUACCAUGUUAUGUCAGUUGCGGCCCACUAGAGAGAAGAAGAUGACAACCCCAGAUGAAACCUAGCCUGCUUAAUUAGAAGUCUCAGAACAACUGCUCACCUUGCCACGAGCGUUACCCAACAGGAUGAACAUUGCAGUUCGUAGCCCAUCAAACGUAAUGUAGUUGUUGGUCGACAGACACCUCUGGGAAAUUUACAGCUAAUUACAUAAGUUACGCCUUUGGAAGGGGUUAGGAAAGGUACAUGCCAGAGUGAGAAAGUUACCAAUCUAACAGAGAAUGAGCAGUGUUCAGAAAAAUGUUCGCAGGAGAGUCAUGUUGGUGACAUUAGUAAUGACCAAAAGAGAGACGAGAAGUCUUUAAGGGCGCCACAAGAGAAGCUAGGUGACCUUAAUGAAAGCCAGCAAAAAAUGGCGAUGAAAUGAUGACUGAGCAACCGAAUCAUUUGCUCAGAAUGAUGAUGAUGAUGUGGGAUGUAUUGAGGGACUGCAAUUGAAUUUAGAACUGUCAGACACCUCUCCAGUUCAGACGACGUAUACUUCUAUACCCCGCCCGAUGUAUGCCGAAGUCAAAGCAUUACGUUGAAGACUUGAUUACAUGCUUGCUACUCCUCACCAUUUGCAUAUGAAGUAUGGUCCUUGUGAAGAAUUGCCUACCAGUUAGGGCACAACAUUGAUCACAGAAACACUCAAGCUGUCACCAAACUAACAGUCUAAUCCAAAGACUGUUCGAGACGUUCUAAUAAGUUAACAGGUCUGUUGAGUUACUAUCGCAGAUGUAUUGAGCAUUUUUCAAGGAUUGUAAAGCCUCUCUAUGAUAUUUUUAAGGAGCCUGAAAUAAAAUGCCAUUCAACGUCGGAGAGCAACGGGCGAAAGUCAAAAUUUUCAAAAGCAAAGAUGCAGGGAUCAUCCCUUGAUAUGCGACCACCCACAAGUCCCCUAGGACAACAGCCAAUAAGAAUUAAUUUAUAUUAAGGUUUGGGUUUCCUGUCAGAAUUUAGCACGACCACGCAGAUGAAUUUGCAAAUCAGCUUUUCCAUCGUUUAGAAGAAUGCUGUGGUCUGGUGCAAUCCAGAACAAUACCCUACCAUCCCAAGGGAAAGGGGAAAAAAGAGAGGCUCAACCAGACACUUCUAUCCAUAUUACGCACCUCGCCAGAAAUCUCGGUGGAAGGACAGUCUUAAUAAAGUUAUACAUGCCUAUUAUUGCACCUGUCAUGAGGCCACUGGAUUCUGUCAUCAUUACCUGUUGAGUGGUCAGUCCCCAAGACUUCCGAUAGAUCGUAUUUUAAAUUUAAGCCUGCUUCUCCGACAGAAUAUUUAGCUCAUGACAGAGAAUGGAAAACAGCCAUGAAAGAGGCUCACGAGUUAGCAGCAAAUAGAUCUAGAUUAUCUCAUUCUGGGAGGACAGGAAAGAAUUAUGAGGAUAAAGACCACAGUCCUGCUCUAGGGCCCCUGGUGACAGAGUCAGUAAGAAACGUACGUGAAAGAGAAAGAUCUGGAAAAACGUGAUCUUACUGGGAAGGGGCAAUUUAUCGAUUAAUCAAUCGGAAAUGACGAAGAAAGCCCAUUUACGAAGUUGAACCUGUAUCAGGCGAAGGACUGCAUCGUGUGAUACACAGCAGUCUGAUACUUCCAUGCAAUGACUUUACCUUUGAAAGAAAGACAGAGGAUCCAGCCAGGAGACCGAAGCACAAAAGGAAGAUUACCAGACCAGGUGUUUUGUCCAUCCCCAACCCAGCCUCAGAAACCAGUUCAGAUGAAGAGGCUUAGGGUAUGCUGACCUUAACGGCAGUGGGUAAAGGGAUUGCCCCACCUCAGAAACCUGUGGUCGAGGAUCCAGUGACAAAUGAUGAAUUUUCCCAGCAGUCAGUUGAGCAAGAAACUACCAGCACCCACAGAACCAGGAGAUGAACGCAAGCAAGCAAAAGGAUUUCGUAAUUCUUUCUUUCAGCAUGUGCACCGCGUUAAAUCAAUAAAUGAAUAAAUAGAAUAUAUAGAUUUAGCCAGGGCUAAAAGCGAGGCUCCCAUUAGUAAAUUUAUAAUUUAAAUUAAACAAUAAACUUGUAUUCGAAUUCCACAAUUCAGUUAACUUUAGAGCACAUUUAUGUGACUUUUGAGGGAAAGGCUACCUGAUUUUAGAGAAACAUAAUUUGCAAACAGCCCAAGAGUGAACCAAAUCUUACAUCGAGUUGAUAGCCUCAUAUGUACACUCAAAAACUGGUAAUCAUCUUUUAUCACAUUUAAGAGCCGUAAUGGCUAUUGAUCACCGUAGACCAAUUAGGCUUAGAAAAAAAACCAGGCCAACGUUUUGGCGUUCGACAAGUUUACUUUGCAAAAUCUUGCCAACAAAUCUGGGUGCGUGUAAACCAACCUUUUAUACCAUGGACAGAAAGCAGUAUAUCACAAUACAAAUUGCUCUCAUUCAAUAUUCAUAAACUGUUAAAAAAAUUUUCCAAAAUCACCUAUACGGCCAUCCGGUUCUCACUUUUGUAGUGCGAGCUGUAGCGAGUGUUUGAAUGAACAUUAACAGAGUUACGCUCCAAGGUAAUAAAGAAUUUAUCAUGUUUAUUUUUUAUUUGAUGGUUUAACGCGCGGCAUUUUGAGAACUCCUGCAAGCGAUGUUCACUGAACGACUGAAAACAAUCGGCAUAGCGAUUAAAAUUGCAAGAGAGACUACUAACAAUCAAUAAAAGAAAUAUAAUUCGGUGAAACAUUAACAGAGACAACAAUUUUCAUUCAGGAAGACAAGUAUUAAAGUGUCCCUAAACAUCCUGAAUCUUCAAGCUUCAAGCUUAAGUUUGCUGAAGUUUAUGUUUUAAGCCAGCUUCCCGGUGUUUGUUUUUUCAAAGACGAACUCUAGGCAAGAAAAUCGCUCAAAGCUUUCUUUUCCGGCUAGAAUUAUAACUAAAGAUUCUUUGGAACAUUUUCUUUCUAUUUGCGGUGAGAAACUGUCUAAAGGCUUUUUAAAGUUCUGUAAGAUUAUAUCAAACCAGAUACUCGGUGAGAUCGUUGUCUCAAAUCUUACAAACGCGCAUAAACUAAAUUCCCGCAUAAACUACGCUCCACUUCAUUAAAUUAGAUACAAAAAACAAACAUGAAAUACAAUAAUUUCUUUGGCUUACCAUUCGAGAUGCAGCUCCUGAAAGUUAUCAGGUAAAGCCAGUAUCGCUUCAGACUUUGCAAUCCUCUUACGCAUCAAGCAAGGUGAAAACGAAAACGAUGCUAUCCGAAAUCGGAUUUCCGACUUUGACAAGCGACGUUUUCUCAACCAAAAACCCAAUAAACAAACUAGCCAUGAGUAACAGAAGACUCCUGAUAGCAGCUGAAUUUCAUUUUGUACAUCCAGUGGAAAAAGACAGUUAAAAACAUCACAAGUUGACACAAAACUCUGUCAGCUUCAGCUGUUAAAGUAAACAAGAUUCAAGAUGCUGCAUAAAUUUUGCGCGUGAACUCACCUGUCAAAUUUUGACCAAUCAGAGCAUAAAAAUUGGACGUAGAGCGUGACCAACGCGUGACCAUUGUGAGAAAAAACAAAAGCAACUGUCUUCCCUGCCUGUAACAGCUGGCUUAAUUUUCACGUCCGAGGUCAGUUUGCAAUCAAAAUUUUAAUUGUGCAGCACAUAAACACAACAUAUUUCAUAUGAAUUAAAAAAAAAAAAAUUGAACUUGAGCCUGCGAUCACUUGAAAACUAGUUUACUUGUCAGCGGAUAACUUCAAAAAAUACUUGACCUCGACGGGUCGACACCUGAGCCCGCGAUACGGUCAAGUGAUACUGGUCAGCGGGUACUCUGUUUUGACAGCUGUCAAUUGAUCAAAACAUUGAUGUCCAAUAUGUGUGCAUUAUCAGUUUUCCUGUGCUCCCAAACUAGUAAAAGUAUGAGAUUGAACGUUGUUCGCGAUCUAGUAAAACAGUUAACUGGUCAGCGGACAGCUUCCAAAUAAAUCACGUCACCUCGAUGAGUUGACACAUGAGCCCGCGAUAUGGUCAUGGGAUACUGGUCAGUGGCUAUCCUGUUUGGACAGCUGUCAAUUGACCAUAUUGUUAAUGUCCUAUAUUAAAGAUGUGGACUUGCCAAGACACGCCUGAGACACCCCUCCCUUCCUUUUGAUAGUCUCCCCUACCCCACCCAUACAAUCUGUAGACGCGUACGUACGUACGUACGUACGUACGCUCGGUCAAUCACGUGACAACCAAACGAAAAGAGGUUGACCAUAUUCCAUGGGUAUGGGGCUCUGUCCCACGCGCACUUCGCGCGCGCGGGAGCCCCGCUAUAAAUAAAAGAAACCUAACGUGUCUAGAUCAAAAUUGGAGAUAAACAUUCACAGCACAGCACAGCACAGCUAAUUUGGUCUAUGAAAUAUUAAAAAAAAAAGACUAAUCUUGAAGAAAAGGAUCUUCCCUCGCCUCCAAGUCGCACUGAAGUGUUACAACAGUUUUGAAGAAACUGUGCAACGCAAAUAUUCGUUAAAAUCAACUGAAAAUAAGACGCAACUAAUCUUGAACGACCAGACUUUGAGAGGUUCAAAUAAAAUUAAAGUCCAUAUUCAGUCCAACUGGCUCUAGUGUCCGGUAGGUGAAUACCAUUCUGCACUUGAAUAUCAUUCGGCAUUUGAUGGCAUAAACCACGUUUUCGAUGACACAAGGAACGGUAUGAAACGCUGUGCAUGUUUUAAAUCAACUGAAAAGUGCACUCAAAAGGUAGCUUCCAAAUAAAAUUUCAAAACAAAGAAGUAACUAAACAUGAACGAGCAGACUUUGAGAGGUUCAAAAUAAAAUUAAAGUCCAUAUUCAGUCAAGCUGGGUCUAGUGUCCGGUAGGUGAAUAUCAUUCUGCGUUUGAAUAUCAUUCGGCAUUUGAUGGCAUAAACCACGUUUUCGCUGACACAAGGAACGGUAUGAAACACGCUGAGCGUGAUGUAUUGAGACGGCAAGGUGCUAUUUUGACGUUUCCAGAGGUUAUUAUUAGAUGCCAUCGACCGUAGCCCCUUCGGACACCUCAUGUUAUUUUCCCCUUUAGUAAUUAGGCUUAAUCACUGCCUUUUAUAGAUUAGGGUUAAUCACUGCCUUUACUGAUUAGGUUUAAGCACUGUUUCAAAACUAGUUAUGUUCUCUUUUAUGGGUUGGGGUUGGUGCUAUAUGUACUUAAAUUAUUUCCCCUCCUUCCUACAAAUCCUGAGUGUUCUAGCGGUUAGCAUAGCAUACUGGGUCUUCUAGGUCGUGGGCUCGGAUCCUACUGUCUAUCAUAAUCAUUUUUUUUUAAAUUUUAAAUUGAAGAGACUAGCACUUUCACGAACAUUUCCAGCUUGAAAUAUCGUCUAAGUGUGAUAUAAAAGUAGAAAGAAGUUCUACCUUGUGUAAAUUUCAUAUGUGGAGAAAUGGGCUCCGGUCAAUGGGAUCUAAUGCUGACCGUUUCAAGAUGACUCAGGGCAAGGAUUCCGUACAGAUUAGGUCUGCCGCCUUGCUUGCUCGCUUCACGAUCGCUCCCGCGGCGGCAAAAUCGCAAAAGCGCAGAAGGUCUGUCUUGUUACUAGAGUCCUCCAUAUUUGUCUAGUUUUUUUUUUUUUUUUUUUUUUUUGCGAUCGGCUUACAUUUUUCAACGCUAUCGGCUUAAAUUUAGAACAACCUCCUUGCUUAAAAUGGUCUUCAUUUGCUAAAGCUUAAUAUCUCGUUUGUUUUUUUUGUUUUGCUUCGUUUAAUUUUUUUAUUCAUCCUUGUAGACAUCAAUGAAUGUAAGGACGGAUUACACAGCUGUGGCGAUGUGUCGAAUUGUGAGAAUACCUAUGGAUCCUUCAACUGCAUUUGCAAAAUUGAUGCAAAACACAAAGGUGACUGAUACUGACAUGAAUUAUAGCAGAGACCUAAUUCUAUUUUAGCAAUGUUUGAAUAAGGCUGAGUAUGACGUGAAGAAUUAUGCAGAUCGAGGUGGUGGAUAUUAUCCAUCCACUGAUACUGAAAGCGCAGUUUUUCGCUUCGCCGUACGAAAGCCGAAUUCGGUAAUUGUUUUUUUAUUCAUUCAAAAUAUUUUUAAGUCCUAAAACAGGUUACCUCCUCAUAAACUUUCUUUAAAGCUUUGGCCCAUUUCUCGCAUAGUUUCAGGAUAUAAACAAAUGUCUUUUUUCGUGCAGAAACUCCUCAAAAGGUAGGCAAAAUCGAUCUAGUAAUAUGCAUUUUGUGACUUUUGUGUAUUCUCCCGUUUUUUUCGUUCAUGCAUCCGUUUCAAGUAAUUCAGCAAUCUCUUCUUCGGAUAGCCCUUAACGUCAUGUUUUUCAUUCACUCAUGAAUAAACAGCUCGGCGGCUGCGCCUAUAUACGAGGUUGGUUGAUGGUCUACUGCUUAAGCAGCUUCGUUUCUAGGCCAGCAUAUUAGUUAAUCUUGUCUCCAAACAAAUACAGCAUUAAAUAGAUGGUAUAUUGCUCUCAUCUUCCAAAUUUGGCAUCGCAAAGAACGACGUGUAUAUCCGGGAACUUUAAGCGCACUCCGAGCGGCAGAUUUAAAACGAUAACUUGCAGGCUUUAAUAUAUGUUGCUCGUAAGAAGAUUUUACAACUGAAUGGAAGAAUUAAACAGAUGUGUAGGGUUUCAAAAAGCAAAUUUAAUUAAUCGUUUCAAAAUAAUCCUCAGCAGAUUCAUCAGUAACAAAUGCUCUAAAGACGUCAGCAGCAUCAUUAGCAACUCAACUGUGUAGGUAUUUUCUUGGGUCAGGAUUAGCUGGAACAAAGUAGAUCCAUCUAUCACUGCUAUUGUAGAAGAUUAAAAUCUUAGUAUUUUUUCUAUAAUAUUUAUUCUGUUUGGCAAAUGUAUAAAUAAAAUAAAAUUAUUUUUUUGUUAGCCAACUUUUUUAUUUUAUCAAACUCCUAAAUAGUAAGGUGCUUAAUAAAUAAAGAAGUUUUUGGCUAACUUUAAAAUAAUUUUAUUCUAUUUAUUACAGUUUUUUUUAUUUAAUGGGAUAAUAAAACAAAAUAUAUUUAGAGCACGACUUCCAGUGAACAAUAUUUAAAAUAAUCGUGUCCCUCGAAUGAUCGUCUCUAAUAAUAAUGAGGAUGAGAAUGACAAUCGGCCCCGGGAUAUUAUUCGAGGAAAUGCGGUACAUUAAAACAGCAUUUAUUGGGUUUCGGGGGAAACUCUUCGGGUCGAAGACAAAUAUCGAAUUUUAUACAAGAUAAAAGCAAGGCGUCCUAGCCAAAAAGUCCGUUAAUUUGUCAACUAAUUACACAGCGCAACUGAGGUGAAUUGAUAAUAUAGCUUGUUAAACUCUCGAAACCUAGAUCUUCAAAUUACCAGGAAUUACGAUAAACGGGUCCCUGUGCCCACAAUGGCUGGGGGGUUUCUUUGGUGUUUCAUUUAUUUGUUUUACUUUUUAUUUUUUCACUUCUUAUGAAUUGUGAUUAUCUCUCAUUAAAGCGUAUCUCUAUCUUUGCGCAUAAUGAAACAAUUUAACAUUUUCUUCCUUUUUUCCCCAAUUAUGCAGUGUCAUCGCCAACUAUGACAACUGUCAUUAGCCCAUCAGCAGCAUCAGCGAGUUCUGUAACAACUGCCUCAAUGCAGCCGACAAGUCCAGGUAUGUUCUUAAAAGCACUAGCACACCACAUUCCAACAUUUUCCAUAUUGCAGCAUGAAAGAAGUCUUAGGAAAUCUGAACACAUCAGAGAAUAAUAAAAAAAACAAACAAACAGAAAACAAAAACAAUAACAUCAAUUAUCGGCUCUAGAUCGGUUAUAUACUGUUUUGCCCAAUUGGAAAAGCACCGGCCUGCCCCCAAGCAGAUGGACGAGGUAUCUAACCGGCUUUUGGUCUUUCAAAAAUUGGUAUGUGCGGGCUGUGUAUUUGAUCAUGUCGCAGUUCACGUGAUUUAACAUUUCCUUUCUUUUUUAUCCAAUUAUGCAGUGCCAUCGCCACCUAUGACAACUGUCUUUAGCCCAUCAGCAGCAACAUCGAGUACCUUAACAACUACCUCAAUGCAGCCGACAAGUCCC